AUGUUGCGAGCACCGGCAGCAGAGUCGAAUAAGGAUGUGAUUCUGGAAGUUUUGCGGAGAUUUGCUACAUCUGGCAAGAAAGUCUUCGAGAUUGCUUCUGGAACGGGCCAGCACACCGCACACUUUGCCGCAGCACUGAAAGAUGUGGUUUUCCAGCCAACAGAAGUCGACAGCAGAUCUAUUCACAGCAUCGUAGGAUAUUUGGAUCAUUUUCAGUUCAAAAAUGUGAGAAUCCCUCUAUUCAUCGACGUGGCAAAAAGUUUUGAUCAGUGGGCACUCCCUGCUGACUUUGGACCCCAUAUGGUCGAUAUUGUCCUGAACAUCAACAUGUUGCACAUCUGCUCAACUGCAGCUGUUUAUGGUCUAUUUCAGUCUGCCGAUCAACUGCUACAUGAAUCCAGUGGAAUCCUCAUGACAUACGGACCAUACUGUGUGGAUGGACACAUUUCACCCCAAUCCAAUAUGGCUUUUCAUACGAACCUGAAAUAUCAGAAUUCGGAAUAUGGACUGAAGGAUAUCAAAUAUCUGGAACGUCUCGCCAAUCGAAACAACCUGCGACUUGCUGAGAAAAUUCCCGCCCCCAAGAACAACUUCAUCCUUAUCUUCUCCCGUUGA